AUGUUUUCCGAGCGUUCCGACUCUCGGAACAAUGUCACCGUACUACACAUCAACGACGACGGCUUUUUAGACUUUGGCCUUUGCGAUCCUGGCAAUCCACGAAACUGGUCAAAGAGCCGGAAAUGGUACACCACCUGCUGCACCGUGUUCCUCGCCACGACCGGGAACAUUGUCUCGUCUAUACCAUCGGGGUGUCUCAAAUAUAUUUCUCACGACUUCCAAGUCUCUCAACAGGCAGCAGGUCUCACCAUCACUCUAUAUUUGCUUGGCUACUGCACGGGUCCGUUCUUGUUCGCACCACUCUCGGAGUUAUACGGCCGGAGGCCCAUCUUCCGCCUUUCCUUUUCCACCUUUCUUUUGUUCAACUUUCUUUGUGCCUUUGCGACGAAUUUCGGAACGCUUUUGGGUGGUAGAUUUCUCGCAGGGACGUCCGUGUCUGCGGCUCUCUGCAACGCGCCAGGGGUGCUUGCAGACCUAUGGGACGACAUGGAAAGAGGCAACCCCAUGGCCGUCUUCUCCGCGUCCGUCUGGGCCGGGCCGUCGCUUGGGCCGAUUAUUUCUGGCUUCCUAGUCCUCGGCAGGAAUUGGCGCUGGGGUCUCUACGUCGCGCUAUGUCUUGCUGGUGCCGCGACGCUGUUCAUGCUCACAGUCCCCGAGACGAAUGGGGCCGUGAUUCUUCUACAGCGGGCAAGGAGAAUAAGAAAGGCAAAGAUACAGGGAUAUGAGAACGUCCGGACUGAAUACGAGGGAGCCAAUAUGACGCUAUUCGGCAUUUACAAGACAGCGCUGACACGACCGUGGGCGCUUCUGCUUGACCCCAUCUCAUUCUUAUGCGCGGUAUACAUGGCAAUGGUAUUUACACUGCAGUUCAUGCUCUUUACUAUGUAUCCGAUAGUCUUUCAGGAGAUGCGGGGCUGGAACGAGGGAAUCGGGCAGCUCCCCUUGCUUGGGACUGUUGUCGGAUCAGUCGCCGGCGCCAUCAUCAUCUGUUUAGACACCGAGAGGCGGAAAAACAAGCUUCAGGCCGGGUAUAGCCUUGAGCCUGAGGACCGCCUGAUCAUGGGGAUGGUGGGAGGCGUCGGCUUCGCCGUCACCAUGUUUUGGUUCUCAUGGACGGCGCACUGGGUACACUGGUCUGUUCCCACAAUUGCUGGCGCAUUUCUCUCUGCAGCUCUCGUGCUUACAAUGGUCUCCUAUCUCAACUACCUUGUUGACUCGUACGCCCACUACGCUGCCUCGGCAAUGGCUGUAAAUACGUUUGCCCGAUCCCUCGGCAGUGCCUCUGCACCUCUCUUCACGGCUUCCAUGUUUCAUACCCUGGGUAUUGGCAGCGGCGGGUCGCUGAUAGGAGGUGUCGCCAGCAUCCUGGCUGUGGUUCCCUUUGUGUUUUGUCGAUACGGGGAGGCAAUCAGGUGUCGAAGCAAAUAUACGGCUCUCCAAACCGCUGUCAACCCAGAUCCGGAGGAGCAGCCUCGUAGUUCGGUCGACGAUUUGAUAGAAGUGUAA